AUGCACAAAGAUGCCUGGCUACCUCGCCCUGCCUUCAGUCUCGCGGGGCUCAGUCUCUUUUUCUCUUUGGUGCCACCAGGGCGGAGCAUGGAGGUCACAGUACCUACCACCCUCAACGUCCUCAACGGCUCUGAUGCCCGUCUGCCCUGUACGUUCAACUCCUGCUACACAGUGAACCACAAACAGUUCUCCCUGAACUGGACCUACCAGGAGUGUAGUAACUGCUCUGAGGAGAUGUUCCUCCAGUUCCGCAUGAAGAUCAUCAACCUGAAGCUGGAACGGUUCCGAGACCGUGUGGAGUUCUCAGGGAACCCCAGCAAGUAUGACGUGUCGGUGACGCUGAGAAACGUGCAGCUCGAGGAUGUGGGCACCUACAACUGCUAUAUCAUGAACCCGCCCGACCGCCACCGUGGCCACGGCAAGAUCUACCUGCAGGUCCUCAUGGAAGAGCCCCCUGAGCGGGACUCCACGGUGGCCGUGAUCGUGGGCGCCUCUGUGGGCGGCUUCCUGGCGGUGGUCAUCUUGGUGCUGAUGGUAGUAAAGUGCGUGAGGAGGAAAAAAGAGCAGAAACUGAGCACGGACGACCUGAAGACGGAGGAGGAGGGCAAGACAGAUGGAGAGGGCAACGUGGACGAUGGCCCCAAGUAACGCAGCCCCACAGCCCCUCCCUCACGUCCUGUCUUCCUCGCACCCUCC